AUGGCGAUACCGUAUAAUACAUUAGCACAGUCUCUACAGGGGAGGAGUAGCUGCUUCGUCCCCAAAGCCUUGUGCCUCAGAGAUGCAAACCAGAGAAGCAGAUCCACCGUCGUAUUCGCUUCUAAUGAUACUAAGAACAUUGCUCUUCAAGCUAAGGUAGAUAACUUGUUGGACCGCAUAAAAUGGGAUGACAAAGGAUUAGUUGUGGCAAUAGCACAAAAUGUUGACACUGGAGCGGUGUUAAUGCAAGGCUUUGCUAACAGAGAGGCGCUCUCCACAACCAUCACUUCUCGGAAAGCUACGUUCUUCAGUCGAUCAAGAUCAACCUUGUGGACUAAGGGAGAGACAUCCAAUAACUUCAUCAAUGUCCUUGAUGUUUAUCUUGACUGUGAUCGUGAUUCGAUAAUUUACCUUGGAACACCUGAUGGGCCUACGUGUCACACAGGGGCAGAGACAUGUUACUACACAUCGGUUUUCGAUCAACUAAACGAUAAUGAGGCUUCAGGAGAAAAGCUAGCAUCAACCACAUUGUAUUCACUAGAAUCAAUCAUUUCGAAGCGGAAAGAAGAAUCAACACUUCCUCAAGAAGGCAAACCGUCAUGGACUCGGAGGUUAUUGACCGAUGAUGCUCUGCUUUGCUCAAAGAUCAGGGAAGAAGCAGACGAGUUAUGCAGAACGCUUGAGGAUAAGGAGGAAGUAUCAAGAACAGCAUCAGAAAUGGCGGAUGUGUUGUACCAUGCGAUGGUGCUUAUGUCUAAAAGGGAUGUGAAGUUUGAAGAUGUUCUUGAAGUUCUUAGGAAACGCUUCUCUCAAUCUGGGAUCGAGGAGAAGCGAGGCCGCACAAAGUAA